AUGAAACCGCCCGCUUCAUCGCGAUUGUUCCAUACUCUGCGAGCACUACAGCAUGAGAACCCACUAGGGCUCCCGCGCACAGGGACGAUACCCCGGAUGCAAAGAGGUCUUCCCGAGCGACGCAAGAUCAAGGAUGUGGCCAAGGUGGUUGCUGUGUCGUCGGCUAAAGGUGGUGUUGGGAAGAGCACAGUGGCAGCCAACUUGUCUCUCGCUUUCGCCAGGCAAGGGCACCGUACCGGCAUCCUAGACACAGACAUCUUUGGGCCCUCGAUACCGACGCUAUUUAAUCUUGCGGGAGAACCUCGUCUGUCAUCGAACAACCAGUUACUCCCCAUGUCUAAUUACGGCGUAAAAACCAUGUCUAUGGGCUAUCUCGUCGGUGAAGAUGCGCCAGUGGUAUGGCGUGGUCUCAUGGUCAUGAAGGCGCUGCAGCAACUCCUUCACGAAGUCGAAUGGGGCGGUCUAGACGUCCUGGUGCUCGACCUGCCACCAGGUACUGGAGAUACGCAGCUGAGCAUCACACAGCAAAUCGUACUCGAUGGAUCGGUCAUUGUGACAACACCCCACACCCUGGCCGUCAAGGACGCGGUAAAGGGCAUCAAUAUGUUCAAGAAGGUCAAUGUGCCUAUUCUAGGCUUGGUCCAGAACAUGACUCUGUUCAACUGCCCGCAUUGCCAUCACGACACUGCUGUUUUUGGAUCCAACGACAAGGUCCAAAGGGUUUGCCGGGAGCAUGGAAUACAAGUCCUUGGCGACAUUCCAUUGCAUCCAAGCAUAGGGGACGAUGGAGAGCAGGGAAAGCCUACGGUCGUAUCAGAGCCUGACAGCUCAAGGUCCCAAGCUUUUAUGAGUAUUGCGGCACAGAUCGGGAAGCAGAUUGGUCUAUAG